AUGGCAGCGCGGUCCCGGAGACCCUGGCUGAGCGUGGUGCUGGGGCUGGUGCUGGGCUUCACCGCCGCCUCCUGGCUCAUCGCCCCCAAAGUGGCCGAGCUGACCGAAAAGAAGAGACGCAGCUCCAGCCUCUGCUCCUACUACGGCCGCUCGGCGGGGCCGGGGGCGGCCGGGGGCGCGGCGGGCGGGCAGCCGGCGCCGCCGGAGGCAGCGGCCGUGCUGGGCGGCACGAGUUUCAAGAGCCCCUGGGAGCUGCCGCCGGCGGCGGACGGAGCGGUUUCCAGCCCCGCCGCUGGUGGGGAAGGAGAGCCGGAGGAGGACGAGGAAGGCGGCGAGAAGCGGGGUAGCCGGCCCGGUGGCAGCCACAACGGGAGCGGGGACUGGGGAGGCUCCCCUGGCUGUGCCAAGCCCCGCAACUUCCUCUACGUGGGGGUCAUGACGGCCCAGAAGUACCUGGGCAGCCGGGCAGUGGCCGCGCAGCGGACGUGGGCGCGCUCGGUGCCGGGCCGCGUGGAGUUCUUCUCCAGCCAGGGUUCCGCCGCGCCCCCCGAGCUGCCCCAGCUGCCAGUCGUCGCCCUACCCGGCGUGGACGACUCCUAUCCGCCGCAGAAGAAGUCCUUCAUGAUGAUCAAGUACAUGCACGACCACUACCUGGACAAGUACGAGUGGUUCAUGCGGGCGGACGACGACGUCUACAUUAAAGGUGAAAAACUGGAGGAGUUUCUUCGCUCACUGAACAGCAGUAAACCUCUGUAUUUGGGACAGACUGGUCUGGGUAACAUUGAAGAACUCGGAAAGCUCGGGUUAGAGCCUGGAGAGAAUUUCUGCAUGGGAGGGCCAGGAAUGAUCUUCAGCCGUGAGGUUCUCAGGAGGAUGGUGCCACAUAUAGGUGAAUGCCUUCGAGAAAUGUACACCACUCAUGAGGACGUGGAGGUGGGCAGGUGUGUCAGAAGGUUUGGAGGAACUCAGUGUGUUUGGUCGUAUGAGAUGCAGCAGUUAUUCCAUGAAAACUAUGAACACAACCGCAAGGGUUACAUUCAAGAUCUUCACAACAGCAAGAUUCACACAGCCAUAACACUUCAUCCAAACAAAAGACCAGCCUACCAAUACAGGCUGCACAAUUACAUACUGAGUCGCAAAAUUUCUGAACUGCGCUAUCGGACCAUCCAGCUCCAUAGAGAAAGUGCCCUGAUGAGCAAGCUCAGUAACAGUGAGGUAAAUAAGGAAGAUCAGCAACUGGGGGUGAUGCCAUCUUUUAAUUAUUUCCAGCCACGUGAAAGGGAUGAAGUCAUUGAGUGGGAGUUCCUGACAGGAAAAUUUCUUUACUCGAUGGUAGAAAACCAGCCACCCCGGCAGAGCCUUAGCAGUGCGCUGAGGGCUGCACUGGAUGACACCGUGAUGCAAGUCAUGGAAAUGAUAAAUGAGAACUCUAGGACUAGAGGAAGGCUCAUUGAUUUCAAAGAAAUACAGUAUGGCUACCGCAGAGUUAAUCCUCUGCAUGGAGUGGAAUACAUCCUGGAUUUACUGCUUUUGUACAAAAGGCACAAAGGAAGGAAAGUUACUGUUCCGGUGCGACGCCAUGCUUAUCUUCAGCAAUCAUUUAGCAAACCUUUCUUCAAAGAAGCAGAGGAGCUGGAUGUAAGCCUGCUAGAGGAUACCAACACUGACAUUCAAUCUUUUGCUUUUCUUUCAAAUUCUUUGAAGAUUUUUUCCUCAUCAUUCCAGGGCACCAAAGAUGUUGGAGGACGCAGACACAAGAAAAUACAUAUUCUUGUCCCUGUCACAGGAAGAUUUGACAUCUUUUCAAGAUUUAUGGAUAACUUUGAGAAGACUUGUCUCAUUCCCAGGGAGAAUGUGAAGUUGGCAAUAAUUCUCUUCAGUUCCGAGUCAGGCCAAGACUCCAGCAAACACAUAGAGCUAAUGAAAGAAUACAGCAUGAAGUAUCCUAAGGCAGAUAUGACCCUGAUUCCAAUGGCAGGAAAGUUUUCUAGAGGUUUAGGUCUCGAAAUGGCCUCAGCUCAAUUUGACAAUGGCACUUUACUGCUGUUCUGUGAUGUUGAUCUGGUAUUCACACCAGACUUCCUCCAGCGAUGCAGAGAUAACACUAUUCAGGGAGAACAGGUUUACUACCCUAUCAUCUUUAGCCAAUAUGAUCCGAAAAUAACAUAUGGAGGCAACCCUCCAGCUGACAGUAGUUUUGUUUUCACAAAAAGAAAUGGAUUUUGGAGAGAGUAUGGAUUUGGAAUUACCUGUAUUUACAAAAGUGAUCUACUUACUGCUGGUGGAUUUGAUACCUCAAUUCAAGGCUGGGGACUUGAGGAUGUAGAUCUCUUUACUAAAGUGAUAACGUCUGGCUUGAAGGCUUUCAGAAGUCAAGAAGUAGGAGUCAUUCAUAUUUUUCAUCCAGUUCAGUGUGACCCCAAUUUAGAUCCGAAACAAUAUAAAAUGUGCUUAGGGUCCAAAGCAAGUACGUUUGCCUCUACCAUGCAGCUUGCUGAACUCUGGCUACAAAAACAUUUAGGUGUCAGGUACAAUCAGACUCUCUCCUGACGUCCUAGCCUAUUUGGCCUUUUUAGGGGAGUUUACCUCAUUAUUGUUAGUAUUAUUUGAUCGAUGUAGUUUUAAACUCCCUUCUCAUUGUCUUCCAAAGACUGUUGACCUCAAACAGGAUGAGUCUGCUGUUCACUGAUGUUUCUUAUACCUACUGAACUGGUGAGGUGAACUCCUUCAUGUUUCCUUUAUUUGCAAUUCAGUCAAGUCACAGAAAUCAUAUGAACGCAUCCAUCACAAGAGACUGCAUCAGAAGAAUGUUCUCUUUCAGCUUUGAGAUGCAGUAUCAUCUUUGUUGCAUUUUACAGAUUUAAUGUGAUAAAAAUAUUUACUGGUGAAGGUACCACAAAAGUGCUUUAUGCUUCUUCUGGGGAUGGAACUCUGUAAGAUAAACUUGAGUUUUAUAAUUUAUAUGAGGACUUAUAUGUAUAAACACUACUUUUCUUCAUCUUUAGAGUUUUUAAAGUAAAUGAAUAACUAUGAUUGUACCUUUAUUUUUAAAACAAAAAAAAAAAAGGAAAAAAGAAAAGCUGAGGAGCUACUUGUGAAUGCAGCUGGUACUGGCUACCAAGGUCCUUAAAUGUCUUAUUAUAAUAACAAACUCCUCAUUGUUGUUCACUCUAAGUAUAAAUGAACUUUAUUUUCACAAGGAACAGGAUUUAAUCAAAUGUACACUUUAGAAGAAUUUGUGAACCAACGUCCUUCAUUUGCAGGCAAGGAGAAACUAUGACAACAUGGUCAUGAUAAAGUGCAGGCAUACAGUAUACUUUUUUGGAAACAUAUGGUAUAAGUUGCUGUUUCUGUUUUUAGAAUGAGUCUCUAAUACAUAAUUUUCUUUUACAUUCCUUUCAAAAAGCUGCACUUGAUACAGAAUGUUAGAAGUUAAAGGUGUAUCUUUUUUUUUUAUUUUUACUUUUUUCAUGAAUAUUGGUACUCAGUAGCAAUCUGUUGUUAAAAUAAUGGUAGAAUAAUUAUUUAAGUUGCAAAAUUUACUAUUGCUGGUCAAAGUUCCUUCCCAAUAUAUUUAUGUUAGUGGAGGUUGGAAGACUGUGUUAAGAUUUAUCUCUCUGGACAGCCUGAAGUUGUCAUAUUGUGGAUUCAUGGAGUAAAGUCUUUAAAAUGAUACCAAGAGAAGAAAUAAAAAAAUCAAUUUCUGUA